AUGGACGGUGAGUCUCUCAACAUCCUCAAGCACGGCUGGGGCUACACCUGCCCUGUGUCCACGGUCGGCCUCUUCAACAAGUGCUACGAAGUGAAGUGCGAGAAGAAGUCUGCGAAGGAAAUGGGCCAGCAUGUGAUGGAUGGGCUCUCCCACCAUGCGGGCAACCUCAUGGGUGCCCUCUCCGGUGCUUUGACGGGCGACGACCAGAAGGAGAAGAAGAUGUUCAAGGAGGAGGACAAGCCCGACAUGGACCUGGGCGCCACAGCAAAGAGUGCCUGGGCCUCGAUGCUCAGCGACGACAAGGAAAAGGAUGUUUGCGUUGGCGGCCGCAAGGUGCAUGUGUGGAAGGUCACCGAAUGA